CAUAUAAAGCAAACAACAGCAACAGGUUCAAUAAGUUGUUUGAAAGAAAAAAAAAAAAAAAGAUUUCCUAGAUAUUGAGAAAUAAUGGUGUUGGAGUUAAAUAAAAAAACCUACUUUUUAAUUACUGGAGCAUCACGUGGCAUUGGCCGGACAAUGGCCAUUGAAAUAGCAAAAAAAUUGGAUGCAGGCUCCGUAGUCGUGUUGCUAGCCCGUAACGAACACGAUUUAAAUGUCACAAAGAAAAGUAUAGAAGACUCUGUCAAAGCCGAUAUACUGGUGCAGACUUAUGCGAUCGAUUUAUCUAAAGCUACAUGUGAAGAUUUUAAGGAAUUACUCAAUGACUCGAUACGAAAGGCUAACGCAACUAUAACGAAUUUCGAGAGAGCAUUUAUCGUGCACAAUGCCGGUACAGUUGGCGAUGUAUCGAAACGAGCUCGAGAAGUUGGUGAUACGAUCGCUUGGACCGACUAUUAUCAUACCAACAUAUUUAGUGCGAUUGCUUUAAAUGUUGAAUUCUUUAAAAUGUUUUCCAAAACUUCUAAAUUGGUAGUGAAUUUAAGUUCGAAAUGCGGUGUUGAGCCAUUUAAGUCCAUGAGCUUCUACUGUUCGGGUAAAGCCGCACGGGAAAUGUAUUUUAAAGUUUUAGCCAUGGAAGAGCUGAAUGAUACUUUGGUUUUGAAUUAUGCUCCGGGUGCUAUUGAUACAGCUAUGACAGUUCAAGUCCAAAAUGAAACUAUGAACGAUGAGCUACGCGAUGCUUUUGCAAAGCAGCGUGCAGAUCAAACAAUGUUAACGACAGAUCAAACUGUCGCGAAAUUCCUACAAAUUCUCCAAACACAAAAUUUUAAAUCCGGAGAUCAUGUUGAUUAUUGGGACUAAUAUACAAAAAAAAAA